CGCCGAUACCGAUGCCGAAACAGAAGAAAGGUAUAGCUAGUACGUAGUGUAUAUAUAUAUAUAUCAUCCAUAUGAGAAAGAGUUGUUGAGUAUCAAAAGGCAGCGAUGGCAAUUCCGUGGUCAAACAUUUUCAUUGUGUACUUCCUGGUUAUAUCUGUACUCAAUAUUUUGCUUCUUCAUUAUUCUGCGGUUACGGGAGAAACUUUUAAGUAUUAUUAUGACACUACCUCUCUAAAACGAAGCACCUUCCCAGAGGACUUCAUAUUUGGUACAUCGUCUUCUUCAUAUCAGUAUGAAGGUGCAGUGAAUGAAGGAGGUAAAGGUCCAAGUAUAUGGGACACUUUCACAAAGAAAUAUCCAAAUAAAAUAAAGGAUGAGAGCAGCGGAGAGAUAGCGGUUGAUUCAUACCAUCGUUUCAAGGAGGAUGUACAAAUAAUGAAGGAAUUAGGGUUUGAUGCUUACAGAUUUUCCAUCUCAUGGUCAAGGAUCCUACCAGGUGGAAACUUAUCAAGUGGAAUAAAUAGCGAAGUGACUCGCUAUUACUCUACAAAAUUUGUGGAAUGCUUGGCAACAGGUUUGACACCCUUCAUAACACUUUUCCAAUACGAUUAUCCCCAAAGUCUCGAGGAUGCAUAUGGUGGCUUUUUGAGUCCUCAAAUUGUGAAGGAUUUCACAGACUAUGCAGAGGUAUGCUUCAAAGCAUUUGGUGACAGGGUGAAGUACUGGAUAACCUUUAAUGGGCCAUCCAUUUUCUCUAAAUUGGGUUACACAAUUGGAAAAUAUGCUCCUGGAAGAUGCUCAAGUUGGCUAAACUUGAACUGCACAGGUGGUGAUUCAGCUACUGAGCCCUACAUUGUUACCCACCACCAACUUCUUGCCCAUGCUUCUGCUGUCAAACUCUUUAGGGAAAAGUACCAGGGUACACAAAUGGGACAAAUUGGGAUCAUUCAUGGCACUGACUGGGUUGUACCGUUGUCCCAAUCCAAGGAAGACAUUGAUGCAACAUCUAGAGCAAUGAGUUUCUUGUUCGACUGGUUUAUGGAACCGUUGCAUUCUGGUUCGUAUCCAGCUAUAAUGAUUGAGAAUGUGGGAGAAAGACUGCCAAAGUUUACCGUAAAAGAAUCAGAUAUGUUGAUAAAUUCUUUUGAUUUUAUUGGAAUAAAUUACUACUCUUCAGUUUAUGCAGCUGAUAUCAAAUGCCCAACUCAAAAUAAAACCUACCUUACGGACUCAUGUGCUGACCUCACCUGUAAGCUAUAUAUUAUGCAUGCAUUAAAUAUAAUUUUCUUAAAGGAUGCUGCUUCAGAUUGGAUAUACCUUUAUCCUCAAGGAAUUGAAGAAUUAUUAAUGUACAUCAAGAUCAAAUACAACAACCCAAUCAUAUAUAUAACAGAGAAUGGUUAUGACAAUUUUAGUGACGAAAAUCAAUCACUCAAAGACCAAACAAGGAUAGAUUGUUACGUUCAACAUCUUUCACAUGUUCAUAAUGCUAUGAGGAAUGGGGUCGAUGUGAGAGGCUACUUUAUAUGGUCGCUUUUGGAUAAUUUCGAAUGGUGCGAUGGUUACACUGUUCAAUUUGGGAUCGUCUAUGUUGAUUUUGCUAAUGGAUUAAAGAGAUACCCAAAGGAUGCAGCCAAAUGGUUUAAGAAUUUUCUCCAUCAAGAAUAUAAAUCCCAGUGAAAGUGUUGAUGGAUGUAGACAGCAGCUUAUUAUUCUCUUCAAAGAAAAGAAAUUUUUGCGUAGUAUAUUUCCUACUUUUUACUUUUUGAUGCAUAUUUUCUAUUUGGAUUGAUAUAAAGGGAUUUAUUAUCUUCAGUGUAUUAUUAUCA